UGUGCUGUGUCCCUGGGACACAGCAGAUCACCGAUCAACAGAGCCAAUGAUGUCGGCUCUGUCAUGUGAUCAGCUGUGUCCAAUCACAGCUGAUCGCAUGGGACAUGUACACUGAUCAUCAGGGCACUGAUGAUCAGUGUGCCCUGAUGAUCAGUGUAGCCCCAUAAGUGCCACCUGUCAGUGUCCAUCAAUGUCACCUGUCAAUGCCCAUCAAUGCCACCUGUCAGUGCCCAUCAGUGCCACAUCAAUGCCACAUAUCAGUGCCCAUCAAUGCCACAUAUCAGUGCCUAUCUGAGCUGCCUUUCAGUGCCACCUAUCAAUGCUGCCUAUCAGUGCCAGUCAGUGCCGCCUAUUAAUGC